UGGUGUACGACCCUGGUCACAUGACACAAACAAGCUGAAAGCGAAGCGAAAGAGAGAGAGAGAGGGAGAGAAAGAAAGAGAGAGAGGGAGAGAGAGAGAGAAAGAAAGAGACAGAGGGAGAGAGUGAGGGGGAGGAGAGAGGUGCGCAUCGUUGGUCUCCGUGUUUAUCUCUCAUGCCUGAAGGAUGCCUUGUGCCUACGAAGCCGUUCCAAUACUGGAAAAACUCCCAUUACAAAUCCAAAUCGGAUCUAUCGCAUGCUACGAGGAUGUAUUGUUGGUUGGAACGAAACAAGGACAUCUUUUACAGUAUAAAAUCAGCAAAGACAAAGACCAAGAGAAUAAAUUCAGCAUUCAGUUGGAAGGUUCUAACAAAUCAUUUGCCAAAAAACCAAUCACUCAGCUGUCUGCAAUUACAGAUGAAGAAUAUAUCCUGGUUAGUCUGUCCGAUAACGUAAUAAGUGUCCAUGACUUAUCUACAUUCGGAUUGUUAACUAUAAUGGGUCGAACCAAAGGAGCAACGUUAUUUGCUGUUGAUGUGAAGAAUCCUGAAUCAAACAAAAAACAACACUUAAGAUUAUGUGUGGCUGUCAAGAAAAAAAUCCAGUUGUAUUACUGGCGAAAUCGUGAAUUUAAGGAAAUGCAGCCUGAUUUAUCGCUUUACGACACCCCACGAGCCAUGAGUUGGUGUAACGAUUCCAUAUUCGUAGGAUUCAAACGAGAAUAUUUUGUGAUAAAAGUAAAUGAUGGAAACUUAAAAGAACUGUUCUCUUUAGGAGGUAAGAGAAGUGAACCUCUUGUUGCUAAAUUGUCUGAUAAUCAAAUUACUCUAGGAAGAAAUGAAAUGUCCAUCUUUAUUGACGAAGAAGGUUCCCCAAGUCAGAAAUAUCCUCUUCAGUGGACAGACAUCCCCAUCGCUCUUGUGCACGACCCUCCUUACAUUAUUGCUGUCCUUCCAAAAUAUGUUGAAGUCCGAACUAUUCAACCUCGUUUGAUGAUCCAAAGCAUUGAGCUUCCUAAACCGUUAUACAUUUGUGUUGGCAGUGGACUUGUGUAUGUAGCUUCUAACAAUCAUUGUUGGAGAUUAACAAAAUCCCCUAUUUCUGAACAAGUGAAUGACUUGGUGAAGAUCAAAGAAUUUGAGUUAGCUUUACGUCUUGUGGCAGAGAAUAUGGAGUCAGAAUGUGAAGCAGAGAAGAAGAAACGUUUACAAAAAAUCCAGAACAGACAAGCUUUUCAUUUAUUUUGCCAGCACCAGUUUGAUGCAUCAAUGAAAUUGUUCAUGGAAUUGGACACUGAUCCAUCGCAUGUGAUUGGUCUCUACCCUAAUCUGCUGCCUUCCUGCUACCAUAAAGAUCUCACCUACCCAGAUACCGUGCCUGAGUUAGAUGGUGGUGACCUCGAAAAUGCCUUAUUGGCACUUAUCGAUUACCUUAACGAGAAACGUUACCAUAUUAUGAAAAUUCCUAGCAAAGAGAUAACAACCACUGCCAUCGGGGACAUGAACCGAACUAUCAAAUCCAAAAGACAGAUUGCUCAAAUUAUUGACACAACUUUGCUUAAAUGCUACCUUGAAACAAAUGAUGCGUUGAUGGCGCCAUUCCUCAGGAGGGUGGACAAUCAAUGUCAUAUUGAAGAAAGUGAACGUGUUCUGAGGAGCAAAGAAAAGUUUAGUGAAUUAAUAAUUUUGUACCGGAAGAAAGAAUUGCACCAAAAAGCUUUAUCCUUAUUGAUGCAACAAGCGUGCCGGCCUGCCUCUUCGCUUCAAAGUGGCCAGGAUGGCAUCGUAGAAUAUCUCCAGCAUUUAGGUCCAUCUCAUAUUGAUCUUAUUUUUGAAUAUUCUGCUGCUGUACUACAGAAAGACCCUGUAGAAGGACUCAGUAUAUUUACAGAGGACAUGCCCGAAGUUGAAUCUUUACCAAGAGAUAAAGUGUUGGAAUUCUUAGAAACCAAUUUUAGCAGCAAUGUUACCAUUUUAUAUUUAGAACAUAUUAUAGAACAUUGGAAUGAAACAAACACAGAUUUCCACAACUUAUUAGUGAAUUUGUACAGAGAAAAGACUCAAGAGAUCAUAUUGCACAGAUCCUCUUUAAAUUCUGAUUCACAAGAAUUCCAAACGGCCACUGAGGAACUGGAAAAGUUUAAGGGUAAACUCAUAUCUUUCCUUGAAAGCUCACAGUAUUACACACCAGAGCGACUCUUGUCGUACUUUCCCCUUGAUGAUUUCUAUGAAGAGAGGGCAAUAUUACUGGGGCGACUUGGCCGGCAUGAACAAGCACUCGCCAUUUAUGUCCAUGUUCUCAACAAUCAUAGUUUGGCUGAACAGUAUUGUAUCAACCAUUAUGAUGGAGCUAAAGAAGGUAAUAAAGAUGUGUAUCUUCAUCUAUUAAAAAUGUACCUUCAGCCACCCAAUCCUGCUAAUUUAGGCAUCAUGGUUAAAGACAUAUCUGAAGUAAAGGUGCAAAUUGAACCAGCAUUGUAUAUAUUAGACAACCAUGCGGUGAAAAUUGAUGCCAGCAAGGCCCUAGAAUUGUUGCCUCCAACAACCAAGAUAAAAGAUAUUCUGAACUAUUUGGAAAACCUGAUAGAGAUGAAAGCAGCUCUCAGACGCAACCACAUGGUUCUACGUAAUGUCCUUUCCGCAGAAAAUGUCAUGGUGAUCAAAGAGCACAUGAAAUUUUCUAAAAUAAAAUGUGUCAUCACAGAAGAGAAAAAUUGUCGAGUUUGCAAGAAAAGAAUAGGAAACAGUGCAUUUGCUCGGUAUCCAAAUGGUGUGAUCGUCCACUAUCACUGUUGUAACGAUGUAAAAGUUUGCCCAACAGAUCACCGAUGAAACGACCUUUUGACCUCAACGUGACCGGCUCAAAUGUUGAUGUGACUACAAUAUGGAUGGAAUUCAUGAUUCGCUUGGACCAGAAUCAUGGUUGAGAUGUUUGCCAAUUACCACCUACUGAUUCUACAGUAGAUCUAUCCCUACACCCCUCCUAAAAUGAAUGGACAGUGCAUUGUCUUCUUCUGCAAGAAUGCCAGUGAUGAUGCUAAAAUACAAACAAUGUUGAUGAGAUUAAUUGUCUCCAAUGACGGAAAAGAUGAUUAUUAUUAUUAUUAUGAAGGCCCAGAGAUUGUCGUCUUUGGUCUCUUCAUGACAUAUUCUCAUUGGAAUCACUGGUGCUUCAUUCCUUAAAUCUAAAACUUGGCACUGGGAUUACCAUACUUCAGAGAGAUACAUCCUCUUGUCUGAUAAAAAUUAAUUGAACAAAAUAAAAUAAAUAAAUAAAAAUAACCUUCCCUCGAAACACCCCCUCCCCCACAAAAAAAAA